AGCUCACUGCCUGCGCUCACUAUGGAAGCGUUCCAGCAUCAGCUACUCACUCUUACUGGGGGCCUUAUCUCUUUCUGUACUCUGGUAAAAUGCAUCAGAUUUAUGAAAUAUGUCUUCCGACAUAUCUGGAGUGCUUUACCUCAGACUUUUUUUCGGUCGCUGGGAGAAUGGGCAGUGGUCACAGGAGCAGGAGAUGGACUUGGAAAAGCAUACUCCUUUGAGCUGGCAAAACGCGGAUUAAAUGUAGUUAUGAUAAGCAGAACUCUUGAAAAACUGCAGAGAGUAGCCUCUGAAGUUGAGCAGACCACAGGUCAAAAGGUGAAGAUUAUACAAGCAGAUUUCACUAAAAAUUCAGUAUAUGAAAACAUUGAAAAAAGUCUGCAGGGCUUGGAUAUUGGUGUUCUGGUUAACAACGUUGGAAUGCUUCAUAAUCCUCUUCCGUGCCGUUUCCUUGAUGGACCAGACAUAGAUGAGAAUCUCAUCAACUGCAACAUACUUUCUGUUAUAAAGAUGACAAAAAUAAUACUGAAACAAAUGGAACCAAGACAGAAAGGUCUCAUUCUGAAUCUGUCUUCUGCUCUGGGUACUUUCCCUUGUCCAUUAUACACAACGUACUCAGCUUCUAAGGCUUUUAUAAGCACUUUCUCCAAAGCACUGCAAGCAGAGUACAAGGCAAAGGGAAUUAUCAUACAGGUAGUGACCCCUUUUGGUAUUUCUACUCCAAUGACAAUGUACCAAAAACCUGGUCUUAUUACAAAGACGGCAGAAGAGUUUGUUCGUGAAUCACUGAAUUAUGUCACCUCUGGAGAUCAGAUUUUUGGAUGCUUAGCCCACGAAAUGCUGGCAUGUGUCCUGCAGUUCAUCCCUUUGUGGGUGUUCCACAGCAGCAGACUUCAAGAAGCAGUCCUGUGUGCAUUUACCAGUUAUCUGAAGAAGAGGUGGAGGAACCCCUAACAGUCAUUUUUUUCCAGAAGAUGCAUGAUAGGGAACUUCAACAAGAUGCCUUUUUCUGUGCCUCUGUGUGUGUGAACGUGAAAGGAAUUAAAUCAGUUUGACCCACAGCUCCACUGAAAUCUCCUAUUACAUGCUGUGAUUCAAUCCAGUGAAUCUAUUAAGUAAAUUCAUUCCUAUCCUUUUACAAGGAUGAUAAAAUUUGUUAAAGCUGUUCCAGUAACUUCUGUGGGCCUUAGGUUCUUAGAAAUCCAUGUGACUCUUUCAACAUAAGCUUGGAGGCUCCAGAUAUUUACACUUAUUUGGUGUUCAUUAAUAAAAACAUGCUUCACUUUAUUUUUAAACUUGUUCACAGUGUAUUUUGAUGCUUUCAGUAAUUGUUUUCUGUCUUCGAUUUCUUCUGAAAGGUCAAGGAAAUUUGCAAGAAAACAAAAAGAAAGCUUUCAGUGUGUAAGGUACACACUGGAGUUUUGUAAGUCUGCAACCAUAAGAAAUGUAUUUCUGUCCAGAGCCUGUGAAUGACUUAAUCUUCUGCAAUACCUGAUACAAUCUGGAGGAGUCAGGAGCACAGGCAAAAAAAAAAAAAAAAAAGCAGUAAUUCUGCAUUCCUGGAUAAAUCCAUGAGACAAAUCCGUUGAGUGUAGAUACAUAGGAAGAGCACAGUAGAUGCUUUUUAAAAGUGCUUCAACAAUGCAAUUAUCAGAUGCAGUCAUCAUGGGUUCCCAAAGGGGAAGUCUUGUUUAACUAAUAUGAUAGCCUUCUAUCAUUAGGUCUGGCAUCUUGUGGAUGAAGGCAAGGUGUAGCUUUUCUUGAUAUUAAUGAGGCUUCUGGAACUGCCUCUCAACAUUGUUCUGGACAUGUCAAACUGUGGGAUGAGUGGGUUUAUGGUGUGCUGCUGGGUGAAGAACUGACUUUGUGACAAGCCUCAAAGGGCUGUCAUUAAUGGGGCUACAUCAGGCUGAUGACUAGCCAUCAACAGUGUUCCUCAGGGCUCAGUUCUAGGGCCAGUUCUGUUCAACAGGUUUAGCCAUGAUCUGGUUACACCAUAAGCAAGUUUGCUGGUGGUACCAAACUGGGAGGUGCUGUUGACUCUGCAAAAAAAAGUGUUGAGCUGUGGGAGUACUGCAGUGUCACAGUAGCAUUGUUUGCCUGGGAGGUCAUCCUGGUGUGAAACCUUUCUCCAGAAUUCCCUAAGAUGAAAUAGAUGUGAUUACUACUGAAUAGGAUAAAGCUUAAUAGAUGUCACCCCUGUCCCCCCAGAAGAAAUUCUGCCUACUAGUUUUAGUGUACUAUAAAUGGAAGUUUUAACUUUCAGUUUGUGUAUGUGGAAGUAUAGAUUUCAAGAUAUAUUUGCUGAUUUUUAAGGAAGCAGUGUGCUAGAUAUUUCUUUUCAGUUCUUUUAUCAAUAAAACAAAGCAAUGGAUAAA